AUGGCGAGGCCGGCAGGACGCUGGGCAGCUGCUGGCAGCCCCUGCCCUCCCUGGAGGAGCCCUGCCCUCCCCAGGCCCCUAGGGGGUGGGGGGUGGCUGUGGGGCCGGGGCCUCAGGGCUCUGCAUCUCUUGCCUUCCAGGGACAAGGAGCUGCCCGGCCCCAGCCCCCGCGAGGCCAAGAAACUCCGCCAGGAGACCCGGCGCGCGGACAAAUGGAUAAAAAUGCUCAAGCGAUGGGACCACUACCUCCUCAGCGAGAAGCUGCGGUGCCGGGUCUACAAGGUGGUCCCGCCCCAGGUGCGGGGACAGGUGUGGCUGCAAUUGCUGAACGUCCAGGUUAAGGCCAGGAAUGCCGGGAAAUACCAGGAAAUGAAGGAGGCGGCCCUGGUCUCCUCCCAGGACAUCAUGCAGAUCGACCUGGACGUCAACCGGACGUUCCGCAGUCACACCAUGUUCUGGGACCGCUACGGGGUCGGGAGGUGGGCUACUGCCAGGGCAUGAGCGAGAUCGCGGCCACCCUCCUCAUGUUCCUGCCCGAGGAGGACGCCUUCUGGGUGCUGGCCCAGCUGAUGACCGACGACAGGCAUGCCAUGCACGGACGAGGAGCAGAUGUCCACUGGAAUCUACACCCCGAAGCGGUUUCUCCAAUGCUUCCUCGGCCGGACCCCCUUCUCGCUCAUCCGGAAGCUGUGGGAUGCUUAUAUACUGGAUGGGGAGUGGGUGCUCACGGCCAUGGCCUGCACCAUCCUCAAGGUGCACAGGAGUAAGUGAGCCCUUG